AUGGGAGCGAGAUGGCGUGUUGGAGCCGGUUUUUCUAUACCGAUUCUCAAUCAACCAUGGCUUCCUUAUAAGGAACAUCCGCAUGUUACCUCUUCUCAUGUGGCUCUCCAUGACUGUAAGGUCAAUAAUUUAUUAAAAGUUGGCUCUCUUGAGUGGGAUGAGGAAGUUCUUCAAGAUUUAUUUCCUCAGAGGGAAAUUGAUUUGAUCCGUUGUAUUCCAUUGUCUCCGUCUUCGGUUGAGGAUGCAUGGUUUUGGAUGUUGGAGACGCAUGUGGAUUAUUCUGUUAGAAGUGCUUAUCAUGCCUUACAAGUUAGCAAUGGUAGGUGGAAUACUCAAGACAAUUCGAGUUUUUGGAGGAUGUUUUGGAACUUGAAAUUGCCGCCUAAGAGUUGUCUGGACAGGGGGCUGGGAGGAACGGUUGGAGGGAGUGAAGCUGUAGUGUUUUGCAGCUGGUUUGAUAAUGUUUGUAAGGUGCAGCCUAUGGAUCUUGUUGAGAGGCUUGCUAUGCUUCUAUGGGGAGUUUGGGGAGCUCGUAAUGACUUGGUUUGGAAUAAUAAGGCUUUGUCGUAA